GUCUAUCGGCAACCUGCGUACCAGCCGUGUCGCAGUGCUUACGUAAUAAUUAUUAUUCCUUCAACCAGUGAUCCGUUAAUUUUCAUUUUUUUUCAAUUAUUAUUCCGUUAAAAGUCCCCCCUCCCCAUCACCACAGCCACCAAUCGUCCAACAAGAUAUUCAGAUCAAUAAAAUAAAAUUGAGGUGAAAAUUGAAAUAUCGUGGAGACACGGGUGUUAAGGGUGCGAUGAUCGUGUGAUACACCCCCCACCCCUAAAUCAACGAAUGGAUCUCCUCGUGGCUGUGUCUAUUGCCCGUGUAAUCGUCAAAUAAUCGGGCAUCGGGAUUCAAUCGAGCAUCGGCUCAUCCUCGACACCGUGGUACAGGAAUCAGUGAAAACACCAAAUGCAUUGAUUAUCUGAGUGAUAAACACCGUGAUACUCCGUCCUCAAGCUCAUCAACAACCCCUGAUUCUCCAAUAUAUUUUCAUUUAUUUAUAUUUUCAUCAUCUGUAUACUGCACUAGUUAUUGCCACGCGUUGCGGCACAAUCGGCAGGUUAACCGCUCUCGUAUGCCACGACACUCGUUAUAUCGAUUGCUUUGAAAAUAGAAGCGUGUGUGCAGGAGGAAAGAAGGAGAAAAAGAAAAAAAAAGGGAACACCUGCUCAACAGUACGGGUACAGUUUCUCGAAUAGUGCGACAGGUGCAGCAUUCAGGGAAAUUGGGAAUUGUGAGGAUUGAAGGGGUACCCUGAUCACAAGGGACUGACGAUAAAGGGGGUUGACUAAAGUGUUGUGCAAAAGUGGUGAAACUGUGAAGAGUUUUUUUUUUUUAGUUUAUUUAUUUACACUCUGAUUUGGAUGGAUUGAGGGAGUGCGACGAGGACGAGCCGUUUGGAAUUACCGAUUGUUGUGUGUGUGUUAUUUAUUUUUUUGAGGGGGGGGCUGAAGGUUAUUUGACGGAAUAGUCCUGGAGGCGCCUGUCGUCUUCGCCGGUACAACCAUAACGCCGCCCGCCCUAAAACGCCCGAGACGGGAAACGGUGGACUCAUCCCCGCCACCCGCUCGUAUUGCAUCAACAACCGGUAAUCCCGGAUCUUCAGCCGAAAUUCAAGCGUGCAUUAUGGAGGCACCAUUGUCACAGAGCAUGGAUUCGGUCAAUACCGUUGCUAAUGGAGAGGACGAGGUACGCACCUUGUUCGUGAGUGGCUUGCCGAUGGACGCCAAACCGAGGGAACUCUAUCUACUUUUCAGAGCGUACGAGGGGUACGAGAACUCACUGCUCAAAGUGACGAGUAAAAAUGGAAAGACGGCAUCGCCAGUGGGUUUUGUAACGUUUCACACAAGAGCAGGAGCUGAGGCAGCGAAACAAGACUUACAGCAGGGGGUUAAAUUCGAUCCUGAUAUGCCACAAACCAUACGUUUGGAAUUUGCAAAAAGUAACACAAAGGUUAGCAAACCCAAGCAACCAGCCGCUGCAGCAGCCACCUCGCACCCCGCUCUGAUGCACCCUCUAACCGGACACUUAGGAAGCCCAUUCUUCCCAGGUGGACCAGAACUGUGGCACCAUCCACUUGCUUAUUCAACAGCUGGUGAAUUGCCUGGAACACUUCAACAUGCGACACUCGUACAUCCUGCGUUACAUCCACAGGUCCCCGCUCCAAUGUCUCUGCCGCAUCCAACAACCCUGACGUCAAUCCACGCAUCGUUACCCCACUUUCUACCAUCGCCAGCAUUAGCAUCUCCAGUUGGUUCAUCAUCAUCUCAACCGAGCAUUGCUGUCAGCAAUGCACCGUGCUCCACUCUCUUUGUUGCUAAUCUCGGACAAUUUGUGUCUGAGCACGAACUCACCGAGAUCUUCAACAGUUUUACUGGUUUCUGUCGGCUUCGUAUGCACACGAAGGGAGGUUCACCCGUUGCCUUCAUCGAAUUCCAAGAUGUUCGCUACGCGGCCCAAGCUAUGGCCGCCCUGCAAGGAUCCCUUCUCCUCUCCUCCGAUCGUGGACCGAUAAGAAUUGAAUAUGCUAAGUCUAAAAUGGCCGAGGUCGGCUUUAAAAAUCUCUGGAUCGAAGGAUCAAAGGGAGAAAAAAACGGGCAACCUUAAGAUCGACAUAAAUGGAAUGUGAAAACGAUACCGUGAGGAAGACCGAGCUCCUGGAUCGACCAACAAAUACAAAUGUGUAAUCCACACUUGUCCGAGCGGAGUGCAGUAAAAACUCAACAAUUAGAAGCUAUUUUUUUUUUCACUUCAAGAAGAAAAACAAAGAUAAGGUACGGGAGAAGAGGACGAGACGGAGGAAAGGAUUCUGCAGGAGCAAUAGGGGCGCUGGUUUCGGUGAAUUUUCAAUAAAACCAUAUUAGGGUGAAAAAGAUAAAACAGAAAUCCACAGGGAAGAAAGUCUCUGGCGACAAAAUUAUUAGGUAAAAUUUACGUUGAGAUAAAAUUAUUGAAAGUAUUUACAAAGCGCGAUUUAACUAGAAAAAUUGUUGAACUUUCUUUUUCGUAGCCUUAAGGGGAGGGACGACGACUUUUGCCGUCUCUUUAUCCAUUUUCCAGUGAUUAAUGUUGAAUUUCAAUGGAUGUUGGCUUUAUUUGUCUUAUUUAUUCAAUUAUUGGGGGAGGGAGGAUGAUUUUGUGAGAGGAGUGCAGCAUUAUUAUUCGCCUUGAUGAAUUUCAAUGGAGAUUUUCCGGAAGAUACGUAGAAAUUCUAUCUGCUAUUAAGAAUAAUCGAGGGGUGGGAGGGAAGAGUUAUCUGCUUUAUAUAAAUCCGUCAACGCUCACCGCUGUCUCCCGGAUGUACAUAAAACGAAAGAUAAACCAAAAAAGGAAAAAAAAAAUAAAAGAAAGAGAAGAGAUAGAAAUUGAAAAACAGUCGUUGACGCCCGAAAGGAUCCAACCACAAUUUUCUGUUCCCUGUGCAAUUGAAGUUAUCGGGAUAAUCGUACGUGUAUGAUUAAUAAAAAUUCUAGUUUCUACCGUCAUAUAGUCGUGGAAACAACAAUGAAUAAUUAUCACUAUUCAAAUUGCAUACACGAACAUCAAGCUUAAUACCAAAGGUGCCCUAAGAAACGUGUAUUUAUGUUUUUAAUCAUCACUAUCACGUUUUAACGUCGUGAUUUAACUUGUUAAAAUGAAUAAAAUAAAAUUAGUGAUGGGAGGAUAAUGAGAGCGCGAUUUUUUGAGUGAACAAAUAAUCUAUAAAGAAAAGAGAAGUUAACUGAGUGAGAGGUGAAAUUAAAGAGAAGUAGCGAGUGAAAUUAAUUGUCAUUAGACAAUGAAUGAGAGUAAUGCAUUGUAACAUUAUUUAACGAAUGUGAACAUAUCAUAGGUUUAAGGCGAGGAUUAUUUGUGAGGAUCGAGUGGAUUCGAGAUAUUUCGAUUAAAAUUCAGUAGGUGGGGGAUUCAAAGUGUGAAAUCUUUUAGUGGAAAUUGAAGAAAUAUAAUGGAAAUCAUGGAAAUAGUGGAAAUAAUCGGAAUAAUUGAACGUGUGGAGUGUGGAAUUGGGGAAAAGUGAAAAUUGUAACUUAUUACUUUCUGUGUAUUUGUAAUGAGGGAGAGGUGUGCCCCGUGUACUAGAAUGACGGCCAACUCGGCACGUAAUUUGCCCAAGUGCCUUCCCGUUGGUCGAGUCAUGCUAACUGUACCGUAAGUCACGUCCCGUGUAACUGUCAAAUACCGUCACACACCGGAUAAAUCCCCGACCCUAUUUUUACCAACUCUUCAUUCCCACCUGACGGAUAAAUCCCAUCAGUUUUGUUGAUAAAUACUAUUCUUCACCCACCACAACCUACCCUACACCCCCUCAACCUGUCCUGCAUCUUUCACCAUUUAAUAUUCUGCGUUGUAACUUUUCGCUGUUGGAAAUUAUUUGAAAUUCGGGGGACAUGCAUGGAGAAAAGAAGAUUCUUUUUUUUAGAGUCAUUCUCGCGGAAAUAGUCUAUUUUAUUUUGGGAGAUGCUCGAAGAAAGUUUAUGAAGAUUGAUUGUAGCUGUGUGAAAACAGAUCAUGACUGCGCGAAAAAUUUAUCGGCAAUUUGCUCCCCAGGUGUUUGAGAUGUUUAAGACAACUCGGGGAUUCUUAUUAUUAAAAAUAAUGUCUACUGUUAAGUUGAUUUAUCGGUUGAAUCACAUUUUUUCUCUGCGAUGUGAAAAUUUUUUAGCAGCUAUUAAACUAAAAAAAUAAUUUCUAUUCAGCAGUCGUUCCCCGAAAUUUGAAUAUUAAUUUACAAACAGUGUUGCUUCUUUAAUAGGCGAGUAAAAAUCGUGUUCGUCCCCUGGAGAUUCCACUAAAGGAAAAUAAUCUCGCGACGAACACCCGCCACUAGUUGAUUGGGCAUUUAUAAAUAAGUGAACAAAUAGCCGGAAAAACUCACUGAAAAUUUUGCGUACGAGACAGGAUCGGUGGAAGCAUUGGAGUGAGUGAGAAUUUCAAGUUUUCUAGGGAAUGGGAUACUUAAGAGUAGGACGAAUACGAAAGAAUCUAAUGAGUAA